CGGAAGUGGAAAAAUCAUCUGCGUUGUUUUUCACUGUGACCCCCAGCGGAAGUAAAACAAAACGGCUCCAGCUGCUGCUUGUGUUGCGUUUCGUGUUUCAGCUGAAUAUCUCAGUAACAAUGUCUUCAGUUCAGCAGCUGAGAGAUUUUAUCAGAGAGAGACUAACUGCUGCUGCGGAAGAAAUCUUCAUUCAGGUAGAAAAAACCAUCGUCCGCUACGAGGAGGAGCUUAAACUGCUGGAAAUCCACUGGAAACCUCAGAUAAAGGCAACCAGAACUGAUCCAGACCAAGAUGAACCAGAACCUCUGCAGGUUAAACAGGAGGAACCAGAACUUCCACCGAUUGAAACGGGCCUGGAAGAACUUGGACCGACUAAACGAAACCAGAAGGAACCGGAACCUGGAGGAAUCACAGGAGAACUGACACAUCCAGAACCAGCACAGAUUAAAGAUGAACUCACAGAACCACAGCGGCUGUACGUCCAGGAGUCCAACAGCCAGGAGGGACAGCAGCUGGUACUGACGGAGGAGACGUCUGUGGACCCGCUGAGUUACCAGCAAACUGAAGCAGAACCAACAACUGAGCAGCUUUACAGUUACUAUGGUUCUGAAUCUCAGACCCAAAGUUCAGAAGGAACCGUCUCCACCGUGUCCCAGAGUCUGUCUCAUAGAAACACUGAUUCUUCUCUGAAAUGUGACUUCUGUGAAAAAGUCUUCAACUACAAAAACAAUCUGGUUCAGCAUCGCAGGACUCACACAGGCGAGCGGCCAUUUUCCUGUAAAACAUGCGGGAAGAGCUUCUCCAAAAGCAGCAAUCUGAAGGUCCACAUGAGAUCCCACACAGGUGAGAGGCCUUUCAUCUGCAGCAUCUGCGGCAAAGCUUUGAGUUCAAACAGACAUCUGUCCGAUCACAUGGUCACCCACUCCAGCCAGAGGCCCUACGGUUGCUCAGUGUGUGGAAAAACGUUUUCUCAUGAGAGUUCCUUCCAGUACCACAUGAAAGGCCACAACGGCGACAAGCCGUAUUCUUGUGACACGUGUGGAAAAAGGUUUAUUCUGAGUUCCAGCCUGCUGAAGCACAUGAGAACCCACACAGGGGAGAGGCCUUUCUGCUGCACCACAUGUGGAAAACGGUUCGCUCAGAGCAGCAACCUGAGCGUUCACAUGAGAAUCCACACGGGAGAGAAGCCGUACUCCUGCCCAACGUGUGGAGGGAGUUUCUGUCGUAGAGCAGGUCUGCUGAGGCACAUGGAGACCCACACGACCGUCUGAAACCCAGGAACAUUCCUUCUAAAGUGGAUCUAUUCUACAGUCGAUCAAUAGCUUUUGGUUCCUGCUGCUCACACAGUCACAUUACAAACCUUCAGACGCUGCAGAUCCAUUUAUCCUGCUGAACUGUAAAAACAAUAUUUUAGAAUCAGAAGAGAAAAUAUUUCAGAGCCGUAGAGCUGGGUUCACCUGAGUGCUUCUACACCUUCACAAAAGUUUGGACUAAAAGGGAAACAAACUGAUCCGUUUAAAGCAGAGCAAAUGAAUCAGGUGUGAAUACACCUUUAAGGUUUUAAAGAAAACCUGACACAAUAUCUUAAAUAUUAUUAACUAAUUACUUUGAUAAUUAUUAAGUCGGCUUGUCUUCUGCAGCACUGUUCAGUGCAUAACUUACCCUGACAUAAUGAAACAUCAGUCAGAGCGGCUCAUGCUUUCUGAGCACCAGUUCUUUGUUCAGCCCAGUUCCAGCUCCCUGCUGGUCCAGAGGUCAGAACUGCUUUUAUCAGGAACCGUUUUUAUCUGUACGCUGCCAAACAUGCAGGGAAAAACGGAGGUGGGAUCUUGGGAAACAGCAGCCAAACAAACAGCUGGUGGUGCCUGACUUGAAACUCUGGAGUUUAAAACAAGGAAACCAAACAAUGUCUGUAAUUUAACAAGAGCAAAAUAUUGGAUCAAAUUCAGAAGGACAGAAUCUGAUCUCUGAUCUUCCUGCAGUUUGUUUUGAAACCACUACCAUAUGUUAAGUAGACUAAUGUUCCCCUGAACACAGAAAUAUUAUUUCUGACUCAGUUCUUAACUUCUGAUCUCCUGCUGUUGGUCCUGAUGAGGAAUCAGCUGAUUAGAAACACAAACGCUGCUGGUUGUUUCUAAUAAUGAUAAUUAGAAUAGAAAUAUAGAGCAGAAUGUUCACUGCAGAACAUUUUGCAGGAUAAUGUUCCUUAUCACCAGUUCCUUCCCUCCUUCUGUUUCAUAUCUGGAAAUAAAACAUUUGUAAACAGCCUUUAGUUUCUGCAGUUGAAUCAUUAAUUCUUUGGUUUGGUUCUAAUUUCAUUUGGAUCAGUAGGAUCUUGUCAAAUAAACCAGAUUAUGACCCCUGAUCAUGUAUGGCUAAGUUGCCUCCUGCUGGUAGAUAACUGUAAUAUAGAAAUGUACAUUGUUCCUCAGCUGAAGUCAAAGCUAUGACAGGGUGAAAUGAUCUGCUUCCACUCAGCAGGUGGAUCUGAUCUGCAGCAAAUAUAAAUGUAUAGAAAAGCACCUGAAGCCCUCUGUGAAGUAAGGUGGAGGUUCUGUAGUACUGUGGGCCUGGUUCUCUGCCUUGUUAGAUUAAUUUAUUGUGAACUCUGCAGUAUAAGGACAUUUUUAAUAAAGAUCUGGCGCCCAGCGCACUAAAC